AUGUCUCAAUCGGAAGUCCCAGAGUGGAAGCAGAAAGGGCAAGAGAAGGCGGCAUCAGUCCUCGCAUUAAUACCGGAAGAAUGGCGUCUGGAGCAUAUACCUACAGCAGAAGAGCAACGAGACAUCACUGGCACAUAUCUUCACCAAUAUCUUUCGAAGCAAGAGAUCGCUAUUACGGAGACGGACGCAGUCGGUAUCGUCAACAAGACAACGUCGGGAGCAUGGAGUGCUGUGGAGGUCGCAAAGGCUUUCUGCCAUCGAGCAGCGUUGGCGCAUCAGCUAGUAAACUGCUUGCAUGAGAUCUUCUUUGAUCAGGCUAUCAAGGAUGCUGAAAGAGCAGACGAGUACUUUGCCAAGAACAAGCAACCUAUUGGCCUACUACAUGGUCUUCCGGUAAGCUUGAAAGACCAGUUCCACGUCAAGGACGUCGAUACGCACAUGGGCUACGUUGGCUGGAUUGGCAACUUCCAAGGUAAGACUGGGACUGGCAAGGAGAAGAACUACGAGUCCGAAAUGGUCAGAGAACUGCGAAGCCUGGGUGCUACGCUAUACUGCAAGACUUCUGUGCCUCAUACAUUGAUGUGUGGUGAGACCGUCAACAAUGUUAUCGGCUACACGUGGAAUCCAAAGAAUCGUAAUCUGUCCUCUGGAGGGUCAUCCGGUGGAGAGGGUGCUCUGAUCGGUCUCAGAGGAAGCCCAGUUGGCUUCGGCACUGACAUUGGUGGCUCAAUCCGGAUUCCAGCUGCGUUCAACGGUUUGUACGGCCUGCGUCCAUCUCAUGGUCGUCUACCGUACGAGGGCAUGGCGAAUAGCAUGGACGGCCAGAACAGCAUCCUUUCUGUCGUUGGACCCCUGGCGACAUCGGCCGAUGCUCUCAAGCUUGUCGUCCAAGGUCUCCUUAGCACCGAUCCCUGGCUCCAUGAUCCGCUACUCGUCGAGCUCCCAUGGCGAGAUGAUGCCCAUCUGGCUAUCUCAGAUCCACUGCGUCGCAUCAAGUCGCAGUUAUCCUUCGGCGUGAUUCGCCACGAUGGCGCGUGCGCUGUCCAUCCACCUAUUGCUCGCGCAUUGGACAUCAUGGUGCACACGCUCGAGAAACUCGGCCAUAAUAUCAUCGAAUGGAAGCCUCCGCCUCACAAGAAGCUUUCGGAAGUCUGCUACAAGAUCUGGAACUUCAACGGCAGCGCGGACGCAAUUGCUGAUUUUGCACUUUCCGGCGAGGAGCCCGCGCCUCAAGUAAUGGUCACUCCAGCACCAGAAGCAAAUGCUUCAGACAUCAUGGCCGCCAAUAUCACGAAACGCGAGCUGCAAAAGGAGUAUAUGGAGUACUGGAACAGCACAGCUGAGAUGUCCGGCACUGGAAGGCCUGUCGAUGCUGUGAUUAGUCCUUUGGCGCCCUUUGCAGCAGCAAGGCCCGCUCAGUACAAGUAUUACGGUUAUUCUGUCUGGGUCAAUACGUUGGACUACACUUCUGUUGUUGUGCCGGUCACGACUGUGGAUAAGAACGUUGACAAGAAGAUCGAGGGUUUCAAGGCGAUUGACGAGCUUGAUCAGGACACACAAGAUUCUUACGAUCCGGAAAUCUACGAUGGUGCGCAUGUGAGUUUGCAGAUUGUGGGUAGACGGUUGCAGGAAGAGAAGAUGAUUGCUUUGGCGAAGUAUGUUGGAGACGCUCUGCAUACUACCGACUGA